AUGGUCUUUACUAGAGCACAAUACCAACUACAACUACAACAACAGCAACGACCACAACAAGAACAGGAACAACAGCAACAACAGGAACAACAGGAACAACCACAGCAACAACAGCAACAACAUUCGCAACAACAACCACAACAACUGCCACGACAACAGCAACAACAUAGAGGCCGCGGAAGGCCUAGAAAGAAUGCUAAUAAUCAACAACAACAAAAUUGUACGAAAAGAGAAAUUAAAACUGCAGUUGGCAAGAAUCAAAAAGAUUCAUUACAUGUGCUGGCUGCAGUUUCGAUUGAAGAUGAAAAACGGGCAACAAAGAGGAAUCAUAUCGAUUUUAUUUUACAAGGCGUUUGUUGUUGUUGA